AUGCCUUCUAAUAGGGAUUAUAAACCAUCUAAACUUGAUCAGAGUAUUAAUUCAUCCGUAAUUAAUAAUAUUAGUACAAUACCAAUCGAUACUACCAACAAGAAUAAUAUUUCAGCUACUUUCCUUAAUAGCCUUACAUUUGAUUUUUUUCCAACAGCUACAACAACCACAACAUCCACAUCAACAAGAAAACCUAUGAGUAAAACAUCCGUAAAAGAUGCAGUGGCUGCUCAUGUCAUUGAAACCAAAGUUCAGGAGAUGGAAUCAGAGCGAAGAAAGCUCUCACUAGAAUGUGAUACUUUGCGAUCCGAAAAUAAGUGGUAUAGAAAGAAGCUCACCGAGACUGAACAUAGCUUAAAAACAACUGAGGAGAAAUUUGAAACGAUUAAGAAAUCAUUCGAUGAACAGCAAGUAAUACUCUCAAGUUUGGAAAAGACUCUUUGUGAUACGAAAAAGAAGGAGAAGAAGAGACAACAAAAACAAGAACAAAAGAAAUUAUUACUUCAACAAACAUCAGAUGAAGUGAUCACACUCAGAGAAAAGCUCGAAAGGAAAGAAACUAGAGCAAAAGCAUUGGAAAUUGAAGCUGAAUAUCUUCAAAAACAAUUAGGGGAGAUACGAGACAAGAAUUUGGAUGAUAAGCUAAGACAAUAUGAAAGUGAUUUGUACAAUGAAAGAUUGGAGAAGGAUAUGGCUCAGGAUCGAGUAAAGACUUUAGAGAAGGAAAAGGAAAAAGUUGAACACGAAUUAUUCGAGCUGAAAAUAAGAGUUGAAAAGAGCUAUGGUGAUCUCGAAUUUUGUAAAAAGAGAGAAACUGAUCACAAUUCUCAAAUCAAUAUUCUAACAGUAGAGAACUCAUCGUUCAAGGAAAAGAUAUCCUUCUUGGAACAAAAACUGUUAAAAUACAAACGAAAUGCUAAGCAACAAUCUCAAACAAUUGAAAAGUUACAACAAAAACAGAAAGACCCCCUAAGUUUUAAUGCCUGGGUUCAGACAGAAGAAUCAUUCCCUUCGUUUGAACAUUUAAAGACAAGAGACGAAACAAUAACGUCACUAAAUUCUGAACUUGAUUCACUAGAAGAUAAGAAUAGACAACUAAGAGCUCAAUUAGAAUAUUAUGCAUCACAUGCUCACAAUCAUUCCGAAUACAAUGAGGAACUGUUGAGAGAAAACCAAAAUUUAAAGAAUAUCCUAAGUGAAAUGAACAGAGGUAGAGCCAAAGAUGAACAAAGAGUCCGAAUGUUAGAAAGAGAAUUGGAAAUUAGAGAUGUAGAAAUUGAGAAGAGAAACAAAUUCAUCAGGAAAAUGAACGAAUCAUCAAUGCAUUAUGUCAGAAACGAGUAUGAUUGA